AUGCUCCGAGCAUAUUCUUCAUAUGUAGAACGCCAAUCUUUCUCCAUUUUGAAAGUUUUAAGUGCGGAGCUUAAGCAGGGCUUGGCGACCUCUUCCCGGUCUGGUCCUUCUGCCUCGCAAUCCGUCCCAUCCGUCCCAUCCGCCUCACAAUCUGCUUCCCCAGCACCAGCCCAAGAGGAAGCUUCCUCGGCUCUCCCCCCGGAUGUGGCUCCUAUAGAAGACAUGGCCACUGUAGAGCAGGUCGAGGAAGAGCGAGCCGCAUCUCCCCCUUCAUCCAAACGUAUACGGCUCCAGCGCAAGAGGAAGAAGGUUACUCCAGCGACUCAGGCGUCACCUCCACCACUUCCUUCUGGCCGUCGCUCACCCGCCGUCUCUCAUUCUUCGGAGGCCCAGACUGAUACUCCUGACCGGGAGACGGCCCUGGGGCCAGAGGUUCCCAUUCUGUCGCCACGAACAUCAGUCCCAACACCUGAUCGGGCUAUAACUCCCGAGCAAGCCUCUUUUCCCGCUUAG